CUUUGACGAAAAAUGAGGUUUUCCGAUCUGGGUUCUUCAGAAAAGGAAGAAAAGAGGCUAAUUUGGUGAUUGGAAUUGGGGGAAAAACAAAUUUCGUCGAUUCUGAUGUUGGAAACUGCCAGAACUCCGCCGCGGGCGGCGGAGAAAAGCUUGCCAAGGAAGAAGAUGACGAAGCAAUUGACCGGAAAAAGGGAUGACACUCCAUUGCAUACCGCUGCGAGAGCUGGAAAUCUAACGGCGGCGAUGGAACUUCUGACGAAAGCCGACGAGAUUGACUUGAGGGAAUUAUUGGCAAAGCAAAAUCAUUCCGGCGAGACGGCUUUAUACGUCGCCGCCGAGUACGGUUACGUCGAUAUGGUAAGAGAAAUGUUGAAAUAUUACGAUCUGGCUGACGCUGAGAUCAAAGCAAGAAAUGGGUUCGAUGCUUUUCACAUUGCAACAAAACAGGGCUAUUUGGAGAUUUUGAGAGUUCUAAUGGAGGUUCAUCCGGAAUUGGCGAUGACGGUCGACAUAUCGAACACGACGGCGCUGCACACGGCUGCAGCGCAAGGCCACACAGAGAUUGUGAAUUUUCUAUUGGAAGCCGGCAGCGGAUUGGCGACCAUUGCUAGAAGCAAUGGCAAAACUCCUCUGCAUUCUGCAGCUAGAAAUGGACAUGUGGACGUCGUUAAAGCGCUCAUCACGACGGAGCCGAUCAUCCCGACGAGGACCGAUAAGAAGGGGCAAACGGCGCUGCAAAUGGCGGUGAAAGGGCAGAACCUUGAGGUGGUUGAGGAGCUGAUCAAGGCGGAUUCGCGGUCUAUGAUUAUGGUUGAGAAUAAAGGCAAUACUGCCCUGCAUAUAGCUGCAAGGAAGGGCAGAACUGAGAUUGUUAAAAUGCUUCUCAAGCACAAUGAAACGAACACGAAGGCGAUAAACCGGUCGGGAGAGACUGCCCUUGACACGGCGGAGAACACCGGGAACUCCGAUAUUGCUCUGAUUCUAAAAGAGCAUGGUGUGCAGAAUGCCAAAGCAAUCAAACCAGUAGUGACAAAUCCAGCAAGGGAAUUGAAGCAAACCGUAAGUGAUAUAAAGCAUGAAGUUCAUCACCAACUUGAACACACUCGACAAACACGAAGACGAGUCCAAGGCAUCGAAAAACGCCUAAACAAAAUGCAUUCGGAAGGCCUAAACAAUGCCAUAAAUUCCACAACCGUGGUUGCUGUUCUUAUAGCCACAGUGGCAUUUGCAGCCAUAUUUACAGUCCCUGGUCAGUAUGUGGACGAUCCCGAAGACAUACCACCAGGCUUCUCGCUCGGUGAAGCAAACAUCGCAUCGAGAGCUCCAUUUAUAAUAUUUUUCAUCUUUGAUUCAAUAGCCCUGUUCUUAUCUCUAGCAGUUGUGGUAGUUCAAACAUCAGUUGUGGUUAUUGAAAGCCAAGCCAAGAAGCAGAUGAUGGCUAUUAUAAACAAGCUAAUGUGGCUAGCCUGUGUACUAAUAUCAGUGGCGUUCUUGGCGCUGUCGUUCGUGGUCGUUGGAGAGCGAGAGAGGUGGCUGGCGAUCGGAGUGACGCUCAUCGGAACCACCAUAAUGGCCACCACAUUGGGGACAAUGUGCUAUUGGGUGGUUAAACAUAGAAUUGAAGCAUCAAAUCUGAGGAGCAUAAGGAGGUCUUCAAUGGGGAACAGAUCCAAAUCCUGUUCCCGCUCUGUCAUGUCUGAUAUUGAGAUUCAUAACAAUGAGUUCAAGAACAUGUAUGCAAUAUGAAAUUAAAUUGUU